ACAAAGGAAGUAGGUAACAUCAUUGUUUAGGAAGUUGCAAAAAAGGAUGCGUUUUUUGUUGCCCAGGCCGUUGGCGAAUAGCUCAUUGUUCAAGCAAGAGAGUGGGGCGGGGAAUGUAAUAACUGCAGUUAGGGUGCAAUGAAACUUUUACCUGAGUGUACCCCAAUCGUGUACCAAAUGUUUAACAGUGCACUGCUGACUUUACAACUAUUAUUUUCUGAGUAAUGUCGCGUAUAUUAGAGAAAUGGUUGUUGGUGCAGUGGAAUAAUGAUGGUGAUAGAGACAUUGUGAAUGUGAGGUGUCUGGUGAAUUCAAAUGAGGACUUGCGGACUGGAUGCCCGGUAAAUCUGGUCAUUAAAGGAGAGAAGAAGUCUGGAACGCUUAUUGCUAGAUGUAAUGAACGUCGUUUACUUGAGCAAAUGGUGUCAAAAAAGAUGCCCGAAGACGGGGACAGUGCAAAAAAUGAACAGACCAAGAAAGAUCCUAGUGACUUCUCAUCUAGUGGAUCAUCAUGGGAACCCAGCGAUGUCGAAAAUUCGGAUUCUGACGAGGAGGAAGAACCAAAAGAGGAAGAAGAAUCUAAUGGAAAAUAUAUAAUUGAAAAGUCUAGAAUCAAAAAGAAAAUCCUUACGCCAUCGCACAGAGCUAACGCAGUCAUACCAAAAACUAUGCAAAAUGGAAACAAUACUGCGAAAACAGAAAAUAAUCGUAAAAGAACUCUGUACGAUGUUGUUAGAGAAACAAAUGCAGACAAAUCAACGUUAGGCCAAAACGCUGUACCAUUGACUGAGCUUACGUUGGAGAAUGUCACAAUCGACUUUAAUGAUAUAAUUGGUAUGCGAAGAUGUUUUUAUGAUCUGUUCAAAAUGGUGAAAGAUAUGAGGAAUUUGAAAUUUGAUAGCGUUAGUAACGAAUGUGAUAAUAAAUUAGAAAUCGAAUGCGAUGAAGACUUGUCUGAUGACGAAAAAGAAAACGUUGAAAGUGAAGAAUCCCAACGUUUCGGUGAUGCAUCGCUCGCAAACAAUACCUUCAAUACACACGAGGCGAACGAAGACAAACCCGAGGCACCGAUAGCAUCUAAUGUCGGUAGCAAUGAAUGGGUACCCAUAGGAAGUGGGAAAACACUGAUACAUAAAGACAGUUUUAGAAAAGUGAAUUGGAAAUCUUAUACAAUAGCUACACGCACAUUAUUGUUAGCUGCUUUCCCACGGAGGACUUUAGCCACUCAUUCUUUGACGGGGAAAAAGUCUCCAGCAUUUCAGAAUAAACCGCCGAAAAUGUGUUUGGACCCGAAAAUUAUAUCCGACAUCAUCAUCGAAAUAAUGGGCAAAUUCAAAGUGAAAGAAAAUUUGGUCAGAAGCAUUAUCACAACGAAAUGUGCAGAUGAAUGUAAAAUGUACAAGGCUAGACUUCAAAAGAAAAAAGUGUCGUCUAAGAAAAGAACACCGGCAACGACACAAGAAGUUGGAAAUAACGAAGAAGAUCCGGCACAGUAAAAUAUUAUUUUAUAUAAGUAUUUGUAAGGUCUGAGCGUGUACCUACUAGAUAGAUUACUAUCUACUUCUGCAAUAAUA